AUGAAGGGGCUGGUGGCAGCAGGAGGGGGUCGUCUUCUAGGGCCUGGCGUGGGAAAACUGGCUGAGAAACUCCAUCCACAACAGACGAGGCAAUUAUCACUCGGGCUCACUUUCUCUCCACCGCAGGUCUGCUACCGCUAUCUGCUAUCUGCUAUCUCCUAUCUGCUAUUCUCGUCCAAUUGUUGGCCCGCCUUUUUGCUCUAUUCAUCAUCACUCCCUCCGUCCACGCCUCCCUGCCUUCCUCCGGUACGCAUCUUCCCAAUCCUCCACACCUUUCUCCCUUCCGCUCUCCGUCCGUCCACCCCCCUCCACACCUCCAUUCACAUAUCCACUUGUGCUCGGCUAAUCCCUGCAUGCAUGCCUGCAUCACUCGGCCAUUCAGCCCAUCGUUUGUUCAUGCAAAUGUGCAAUGUCUACGACCGAUUGCUCCUUUGCUCAUCAGCACAAACCACCAUCUAUCCUCUGUCUAUGUGGCUCUCUCGUCUGCCUAAUUUAGCUGAGUUCGCUCAAGUCGAAGGUAUUUCACUCCGCUUAAACACACAUCUCCACCGCCCAACCCCACCCCGUCAGCAUCGAAUAGGUCUACCAGCAAACAUCUGUCAUUGCCUCGCCUUCAGCUCUCACAUUUCACGUGGGAUCGCCACUUCUGCUAGCGCUCUGCUUUUACGUUCGCCUUUUUCACGGACAGCCAGACCUACCAGAAGCUAUUGGGCUCAGUGUUAA